CAAAAAGUCAACAACAAGUGCUUUUGUUUGACAAUAGCAAAAAUGAUUAAUCAUUUUUGAUAUCUCCACUCCCAUCCCCCAUUUUCUCUGUUCUGAUUCAUUUUCCUUUACUCUUUCGUUUUCCUUCAAAAUCCAGCAACACAGACCACCAUUUUUAAGGAAUUAACAAUGGGCGAUCAUGUGGCCAGAGGCGAAGAUUUCGAGAAGAAAGCUGAGAAGAAGCUCAGCGGCUGGGGCAUCUUCGGCUCUAAACACGAAGACGCCGCAGAUUUGUUCGAUAAAGCCGCCAAUGCCUUCAAGCUCGCCAAAUCAUGGGAUCAAGCUGGAGCCGUGUAUGUUAAGUUGGCUAACUGCCACUUGAAGUUGGACAGUAAACAUGAAGCUGCUAACUCGUAUGCUGAUGCUGCUCACUGCUACAAAAAAGGCAACGCAAAAGAGGCAAUACCUUGCCUAGAGCAAUCAGUAAACUUAUUUCUGGAUAUUGGAAGGCUUAAUAUGUCUGCCAGAUAUUAUAAGGAAAUUGCAGAGUUGUAUGAGCAAGAACAGAACCUGGAGCAGGCUAUUGUUUACUAUGAGAGAGCUGCUGAUCUCUUCCAAAGUGAAGAUGUAACAACAUCCGCAAACCAGUGCAAACAGAAAAUUGCUCAAUAUGCUGCUCAACUGGAACAAUAUCAGAAAUCCAUCGAUAUUUAUGAAGAUAUAGCACGGCAGUCUCUCAAUAAUAACUUGCUGAAGUAUGGAGUUAAAGGGCACCUUCUUAAUGCUGGUAUUUGCCAGCUCUGCAAGGGUGACGUUGUUGCAAUUACCAAUGCAUUAGAGAGAUACCAGGACUUGGAUCCCACGUUUUCUGGAACACGUGAAUACAAAUUGUUAUCGGAGUUAGCUGCUGCAGUUGAUGAAGAAGAUAUUGCUAAGUUCACUGAUGCUGUCAAGGAAUUUGACAGCAUGACCCAGCUGGAUGCUUGGAAGACAACCCUUCUAUUGAGAGUGAAGGAGGCCGUGAAAGCGAAAGAGCUAGAGGAGGACGACCUCACUUGAUCCUAUUAUUUUUUUUCUUGAUUGUACGUUUUUUAAUGAUUUGGACGUUGUUUCGCGAUGAUUGUCUCGUUUAUGGCUUGUUACAUUUGGUGGCUUUUGUGUGUAUUAUUACGGGAUCUGUUAUUUGGAGUGAAUAUUAGUGUUUCCUCAACCAUGGUUUUAUGUAACUAAAUGAGUUUACCACCGUCCUCAUGUUUGCCGAUUUAUGUACUUGCAUCCUAAAGAGCGCAAUAAUGCCAAUGAUUAUUUGUAAACAUCACGUACAUUACCAGAUUGCGACUUUCUUCAGCAUUUCGUACGAUUUAUU